AUGCUGCCGAAAAAGGUGUCGCCACUUCUCACUCCUGCUGAUCCUUGUUUUGGUUUGAUGAUUUGUGUAUUCACUUUCUUUUCCCUUUUGUUUACUCAUUGACUUUUUCCAUAUGGAAUCAAAAAACUUUCCUUCUUGCCAAAUCCGGUCAUGAACUUUGCCAAAAGAACUGCAGGGGUUGUGAGCUGAAGAGCUGUGAUGGCAGAGUAAAUUAAUGACCCUGCAUCUGAAGGUUGACAGAGGAGGAGAAGAUAAGAGAUGAUGAGUUAAGAUCUGAAACGAUAGAAGAGUCAGUGCCACACGGUUUACAAUCUGAUCUGUCUCCUGCCUUUUUUCAUGAACGAUAGAAUAAAUUUCAUGGUAACAUCUUCAAGCUAGCAUAUACACGAAUUUAGCGUACUAGUGGUCUACCUUAGCAGAGCCAUGGGGCUAGAAUACUGCUACGUCCACCCGUUCGCAACCGUGAGGGUCGUGACCAAAAAAAUAGUACUUCUCGUCCUCGUGUUCAAGUAAACACUUCUAGGAACGGUUCAACACAUUUUUCUUGCAUGCUUCAAAGGUGAAGAACAAGAGCUUCAAUGAAUUCAUUGCAAGACUACCAGGAAAGCAUUGCUCGAGGGCCCAUUCACC